CAGUUGUACCUUUGCACAUGACUUGAACGUGUGGGUGAUGUGAAGUGAGAAGUGUAAGCACAGGCUGUUCUGCACAAGACUCAAAGGAUCCGUAGGAGCAAAUCCCAACAGUGUUGACUCAUCCCUUCCUUACAUAGAUAAAAUGCAUUUCAUAAGGGUUACUGUGAUAAGCCCUUACAGCUGGGGUGUCCACGUUAGAUAUUAAAUAUCCCAUAACAGUUAUUGCAGGAAACUAGGAUUUUCCUUGCUGUCCAGCAUCCUUCUAUCCCUUCCUCAGUGUUGCAGCUGCACUGACGUUCAGGGUCUUGCAUGGCAGCCAUAUAACCUGAAAAAGUCCAAUUAAAAAUACAUUGUGUUGCACCUUCCUACAAAUUCUGCCUUUAGUAUUAUCUGUUAGAAUCUGCUUAGACUUUGGCAGUAUAAUAUGGCAGUUCACGUUUCGGUGAAAUUUAUGAUUGAAUUUAGGGGCCACAAAAGUGAAGGAAUAAUAGCCCUGUCCCAGGCCAGGUACAGUACAAGAUGGUGCAGUGUAAACUUCUGUGCAUCUCUGCAGUUUGUUUCCACUACGGGCCUGUCUAUAUUAGGGCAAUCGCCCCCGGCUGCCCUUUGAGCUGUUCCACUACCUGGAAUCUCUGAAGUGCUGCCUGCUGCAGCCCUGCCACAGACAGGCUUGUGAAGAGGUCCUCAGAGGACCCCCCCUAUGGCUGUCCUACACACUGUCUGCAAUGGGGGAAUUCUUACCCAGCUGCUUUUUAGGGCCCCUUUAUGCCACAUAAAAGGCCAUUCAUCCAGCUCAUACUUCUUUAACUUGCUGGCAAGAAUACUGUGGGAGACUGUGUCAAAAGCUUUGCUAAAGUCAAGGAACAACACCUCCACUGCUUUCCCCUCAUGGCCUUUCACCACUGGAAACCAGGUCCGAUAAGGAUUAUUCAUGUGUGUAAGUGUUUUAUUAAUGAGGAAGAAAUAGAAAAAUCCAGAUUACUUUUACAAACCGGUGCUCAGACUCUUCAAGAGCCUUUACGGGACAAAAAGGUAAAACAAGCCUGGAAGCUGAGUCUGUCCUCUGUGCACCCUGGUACUGGCGAGAUAAUUCCCCUUGUGUUUAGACCACCAGCUUUCCUGCCCUUAGUCACCCCACUGGUUUUUGCUAGUUUACUACCACAAAGAGGAGCAAAGCAAGCAUUUAUUUGGCAGUUCCUGUUUCAUGCAUACGCUGCUGGAUUCACCAUAGCAAAUGGAAAUGCUACAGCUAAAACUGAAGAAACAGCAUUGCCACAAAAGCUGCCAGAAAAGCAACUCCUUCUGAGCACAGGUGCCAUCUCUUAUGCAGCAUGUAUAGGAGCAUUUCCUCACUUUGUCGUGACACAAAAUAGAGUGAAUAAUCCUUCUAUGCAAACGUUCUUCAGAAAAAUUUUACCCAUUCCACUUCUUGCCUGCCUGACUGCAUUUAAUGUGAUGAUUGUCCGAGGAACUGAGUGUGAGAAUGGGAUCGAAGUUAUGGACAAGAAUGGCAAGGUCGUUGGAGUGUCACAAAAAGCUGGGUUGAAGGCAGUACAAGAAACAGCUUUAUCAAGAGCAGCCUUUUUUGGGACAGCAGUAAUUAUUCCAGAGUCUCUUUUAUACUUCUUGCAACGCACAAACUUUUUACUCAGCAAUCCACACGCUUUGACUCCACUGAGACUGCUUAUGACUGUUUCAGCAUUGGGUGCGUUAUUACCAGUUUCAUUCAGUGUCUUCCCGCAGUUGGGAGAGAUAAAACGAGAUGACCUUGAAAAAGAGAUUCUGACAUCCACAGAAGAAACUGUGCUUUUUUACAACAGGGGAGUUUAGAAAAUGGUUUUAACUUAUAAGUGUCUCUUUUGAUCAAACUGAAUUUGUACGUCCAUACAAGGCUUCAAACCUAAAUCAAUCUGUCUAGUGUAUUUUUGAAUAAUGAAGUCAUGGGAAAGGCCUUCAGACUGGGCUUAGAACAGUACAUUUUUAAACGGACAGACUAAUCUAAACCAUCUGCAAGAUCCCCCAUAGAAUCCUGUGUGUGAAAAUAGCUUAAUAAUGCCUAUACUUUAUAUGUGAUUAACUCCAGAAAGAGAAAAUAUUGAAUAACUGUACCCAUCACAAACAUCCAGCAUUCUGUACUUUCUCCUACAGCAAUGUGGUUGAUUCCCUACUUAUUAAAACCUAUAACUGCAUAU